GGCGGGGCGGGGCGCGCGCCAGGCAUGGUGAUGGCGGUCGCCGCGGGGCGUUGGGCCGCGCUGUCCCAGGCCGCGGCGGCGCCUCGCCUCAGGGCCGCGGCCCUGUCCUCCGCCGUGCCCGCCGUGAGCGGCAGGGAAGGGCAGCCGAGGGAAGGUGAGAGUGGCUCGGCUCGGCUCGGCUCGGCUCGGCUCGGCUCGGCUCGGCUCGGCUCGGCUCGGGCUGGGCUGGGCUGGGCUGGGCUCUACCGGCGGCUUCGCAGAGUGAGCUGAGCCUCAACAAGGAGAAGAGGCAGGACACCACAGUUCGUAAGAUCACAAGCGCCUCCCAGAACUGAGAGGAUGGCUGUUGAUCAGGACUGGACCAGUGUUUAUCCAACAGCAGCUGCAUUUAAACCAGCCUCUGUGCCUCUCCCAAUUCGAAUGGGUUACCCAGUGAAGAGAGGAGUACCUCCAUCAAAAGAAGGCAACUUAGAACUUAUAAAGAUUCCCAAUUUUUUGCAUCUUACACCUCCUGCAAUUAAGAAACACUGUGCAGCUCUCAAAGAUUUCUGCACUGAAUGGCCAAGUGCUUUGGACAGUGAUGAGAAAUGUGAACAGCAUUUUCCGAUAGAAACUGAAACAACAGAUUAUGUUUCUGCAGGGACAUCUAUUCGUAAUCCCAAAGCAAGAGUGGUGACUUUAAGAGUUAAACUUUCUAAGCUGAAUUUGGAUGAACAUGCAAAGAAGAAGCUCAUUAAACUUGUAGGAGAGCGGUACUGUAAGGAUACAGAUAUACUGACAAUUACAACGGACAGGUGUCCUCUAAGAAGACAGAACUAUGAUUAUGGCAUACACCUCCUCACAGUUUUGUACCAUGAAUCUUGGAAAACUGAGAUGUGGGAGAGUGAGAAGAGUGAGGAAGACAUGGAAGAAUAUAUCUGGGAAAAUAGUCGCUCUCAGAAAAACGCCUUGGAUACAUUACUUCGAAUAAAAGCCUCAGAGAAUGUCAGUAAUGUAACUGAGGAAGAGCUUCUUGCAUCCGACCUGGUUAACGAUUACAGAAACUCUGUAAUUGCACUUAAAAAUGAAGGUGAAACAGAAAAUAACAUGUCUCGAUAUAAGGAAUCUGUGAAGAAACUAUUGAAUGUAAAAGCAUGACCUUGAAAGUAGACUCUGCAAGUACAUCUGAUUAUUAAGGAAAUAUUAAGUUACAGUGGUAAUAUUUCUAUAUGAUAUAGAUGUAUUAUUAUUCAGAACCUUAACCAAUAAUAUGAAACUGUAUGAUGAGUUAAUUUCAAUAGUAAACAGAUUUUUCAUUACCACUGGAUUUUCUUGUAAACAUAAUUUUC